CAUUCGAGGAGGGAGAGGCUAUAAAAUAUUCUGCCAAAUCCUGCGGGAACCUCAGAUCGAAACCGAUCGAGCAAGUGAACAGCGGUUCCGGAAAACGAUGUUUCCUACGGCAACGUCAUCUCAGUCGAUGUUGCUUCCCAGGAGUCCUUUGGGACCUCCGAUAGUGGGACCGUUCUCUCCCAAGUGCGAAUUGGAGCUUAGUUUGAACUUUUCGUCGCCGGACGACGGCGAAACAGCAUCAGCGGCCUUAGUGAGUGUUUGUGCCUUAAGUUUCCUUCCUGUUGAUUCGGUGUCGAAAGCGUAUUCUGUGGAAGAAAUUUGUCAGAAGAGUGCCCUACCAAGGGGGAGACGGAUCACCAUCCGAAAGUCGAGUUCGACAGGACUGCUGACCCCAAACGAAGCGGAUAGCAUGAUGAAGAGUUGUAAUUGGAUUCGAUCGAUUAAACUGGCUAGUGAUGUGAGAAGUUAUAAUGCAGUGCUUGAGUUGACAACGAACCAGUUGAUAAGGCUCAGGCUGACUCAGGACGUCAGCGAAGAACAGGAGUUGAAACUGUGGUUUUCCGAAGAUGUUGGGGCGCAUAUGCAGAUUCCGUUCCUGACGCCGAGCAAUAUUCAACGACAAAACUGCUACGUGUGUCACAUCUGUGGCAAAUCCUACGAAUAUCCCAACCCCCUCAAAAUGCACAUCGCCACCGACUGCGGCCAGCAGUCGAUGACCAUCUUGUGGCAACGGCUUCAUCACAGUAUCUCCCGAUACAACUUCGUCACCGGGUGUGAGUUCCAGCCAUGGCGCAGCUCGGCCUUCCGGCCCGUGCUGAACACCCACCCAAUGAAGGUAGACCUUUCACCUCCUCAUCCUCCGCCGCCACCGCAGAACAAGUCACCCCUGUUGGAACAGCCGUCCCUUCACCAUCACCUUCAUCAUCAUCACCACCACAGUCCACUGGUGGAUGAAUCCACAAUGGUGACAGCUGCUCACCUGGAAACCAUCGUCAGCAACAUGGGAUCGUCCAAACAAGGUCACAUCUGCAUCUACUGCGGUAAACUGUACUCACGAAAAUAUGGACUAAAAAUUCACAUUCGGACCCACACAGGAUUCAAGCCGUUAAAGUGCCAGUACUGUUUGAGGCCCUUCGGUGACCCGAGUAAUUUGAAUAAACACAUAAGGCUGCAUAGACAGCAUGACAGUUCACUGUACGAGUGUAAUUUGUGCGGAAAAAAGUUGGCCAGGAGAAGGGAUCUUCAGAGGCAUCUGCAGUCCCGUCACAAUAGCAGUCAGGUGAUUGAAAGCUCCACUUCUGAAGAGGAAGAAGAAAUGGCAUGACUAGAGGUCGGUGGAGUCGUCAAUGAAACCAAAGAUAAGGUACCUGUUGUAAAUAAUACCAAAGAGUUAAUUUUAAGUAUUUUAUUUAAAUGUUGAAAUACAUGCAAUCUGAAA